CGAUUAAAAAACCUUGAGAUAUAUUCCUAGUGUUCAAAUAGGCAAAAUAAUAAUACAAUGAGGGAAGAAAUGAAUUAAUUAUUUUUAUGAUAAAAGAGAUUAAGAUGAGAUUCUAAAUCUAAUCAGAAGAGCAAUCGAGUUCCUUUUCUUUUCCUUUUGAAGAAUAAAUCGCUUUCCCCUUCCCUUCCAAUCUCUAACAACAUUCGGAGCUGCGCUGAACUCCAACUCCACUCGCCGCAAAAAGCUGCCGGAGUUCCCAAGGCCGCCACUAACCGUGUAUAUUUGAUUGACAAUUUUAUAUACCUUAUAGUCAAGUUUUAGGGUAUAAGAAGCUUCAAUGGCCAAGAAACCGGUGCCAAGGUCCAGUAAAUUAUCCGUCUACCUGUACAUUCCUAAUAUCAUUGGAUACAUCCGGGUUCUUUUGAACUGUCUUGCCUUCUCUUUAUGUUUAAGAAACAAAAUCGUUUUCCCUAUUCUCUACUUUUUCAGCUUUGUAUGCGAUGCUGUGGAUGGCUGGUGUGCUCGAAGAUUCAACCAAGUGUCAACAUUUGGAGCUGUGCUGGAUAUGGUAACAGACAGGAUUAGCACUGCUUGUCUUCUUGUAGUUCUAUCCCAAUUAUACAAGCCUGGCUUGAUCUUCUUGUCAUUGCUCGCCUUAGACAUUGGCAGCCACUGGUUUCAAAUGUACAGCACUUUCCUGGCUGGCAAAGCCAGUCAUAAGGAUGUAAAAGACAGCACCAACUGGCUUUUCAGGGCUUAUUAUGGAAAUAGGAUGUUUAUGGCUUACUGUUGUGUCUCAUGUGAGGUUCUUUACUUAAUCUUGUUUUAUCUUGCGGAGAACCAAACAGAGACAUUGGUGGAUGUUUUAUCAAGUAAUUUACAAAAGAUAACCUUAAUCUCUUUCCUAAUCGGCACAAGUUUAUUUGGAUGGGCAACCAAGCAAAUUAUAAAUGUUAUUCAGAUGAAGACAGCAGCAGACAUGUGUGUGCUUUAUGAUAUCGACAAAAAACACAAGCACUGAUGUUUAUUCUAUGUCCACGAAGUCCUUGCCUUUGCCUUCUAGUACCAAGCUAAAUGUUAAAUAUUAGUAUCCUAGAUGGCAAUUGAGCUUGAAUUGUUCAGUUUUCCAUUGUUUGUAAUCAAAGAAAUAGUGAAAGGGAACGAUGCUGAAUUAGAAAAUCCAGCCGUGCAUGUAGCCAACAAUUCAAUAGCACAAGGUUUGUUGCCUUUUGUGUUCAUUAUUCAUCACACUACAACAUAUUUGUUCAGUUAUGAA